UGUCGUCAUUGUGGCCCGACCGCUUUCCGGAGACUGGAGUCGAAGGCCGUGAGGUAUUUUUCAAAGCCAGUGUUUUAGAAGGAGUAUGUGGAAGGGCAAGGAGUACCUAUAGAACCCGGGAGGAGGGUGAGGAGCAGACCUGGUCAGCCGUAAUGGCAGGUGAAGAAAUUAAUGAAGACUAUCCAGUAGAAAUUCACGAGUAUUUGUCAGUGUUUGAGAAUUCCAUUGGUGCUGUGGAUGAGAUGCUGAAGACCAUGAUGUCUGUUUCUAGAAAUGAGUUGUUGCAGAAGUUGGAUCCACUUGAACAAGCAAAAGUGGAUUUGGUUUCUGCAUACACAUUAAAUUCAAUGUUUUGGGUUUAUUUGGCAACCCAAGGAGUUAAUCCUAAGGAACAUCCAGUAAAACAGGAAUUGGAAAGAAUCAGAGUAUAUAUGAACAGAGUCAAGGAAAUAACAGACAAGAAAAAGGCUGGCAAGCUGGACAGAGGUGCAGCUUCAAGAUUUGUAAAAAAUGCCCUCUGGGAACCAAAACCGAAAAAUGCAUCAAAAGCUGCCAAUAAAGGAAAAAAUAAAAGUUAACUUUUUGGUGUUGAUGUACACAUAUUCAAAAAGUACAUCUUUUUUUUCCCCCCCACAAAACAAUUCUGUGGCAGGGCAAGGUUUAAAUGUGUUUCUUAUUAAUAUGUAAAUUUACAGUAAAUAUGUAAAACUAAAUACUUGCCUCUCCAAAGAUCAUUAUCUUUAUUGAUUUGCACUGAGGAUUUUAACAUUGUGAUAUAUUAUAUAUUUAUAAUUUACCAUCUCUUUUGAUGAGACUCUUAUUUCUUUAUAUAGGUCUUGCAAGUACCAUUUUAUAAGCAGCUGUGAAAUUUAAGUGAAAUGUUCUUUGUAAACAUUUGUACUAUUUUAAAUGAAUAAUGACCUUAUGAAGUAUGCUGUCUAUAGGCUGAAAUUAUAGGUACAUCUGUUUUCACUACAUGACAUUAAGAAAGCAUGAAAUGACUUAAAUGUUCAUUUUUUUCUGUAUAGAUACUUUAUCAUAUUUUCAUGGUUUUAGGAAUUACUGCUUUGUUGAUAUUCAAAGUGUGAAACUAAAACUUUAUGGUUGUAUUUUAAUUCUUGGCAUGUUGCCUCUAUGUCCCAUUUAAAAUAAAAUACAUUCUCAUUAACUUUAGAUGGGAAAUAAGGUUGUAUGUUGAUGGAUGAAUUUUGGCAUGAUGACUGUACUCUCAAUAAAGGCUGAAAAUGUUGUAUAACUGA